CUUAAUCGAACGGUUACUUUUGAUUGUGCUCAACUUCACCAGCUAUCUUGGACGAAAAUGGGUCUGUAACUGUUGUUGCAAUCAUCUCGACUUUUGUCAGCAUUUUUACUUGAAUAACUCAACGGUACCAACAUGUGAGACCAAAUUUGCGAUAUAUAUUUUUGGGGACUUCUGAACUUUUUGCCGUUUGUGUGUACCUUCUUAUAACUUAUUAUAUAUGUUUUCAUAAAACAGCAAAAUCUUUUAUCUUUUAUCUUUUGACAUCAGUUUCUUUCAGAGCUCGUUAAGAAUUUACUAAUGACAAACUAGAAUUAAACGAGAUAUGGGGUUGUAAUAUGAGCAGCCACUCUGUCAAGGUUCAGAAACCUGACCUUUAUAAAAGCUUUAGGAGUACGGGAAUCAAAACAAUCAAUCACAGAUUAGCAAAUAAACAAUGGAACACUUUCGUAUCAUCAUUUCAGAAAUAAGAAUAUGCCGUUUAUAUAAUUAUGCCCCUCAAACUAUAUACUGAAUGUAUAGAUUAUAUCUUGGACUUAAUAUAUUUAGUAUACUUUUCCCAGAUUAUAUACAAUAUUGUGGUUCAAAUGCCAGGUUAUAUAUUGGGUAACCUAUAUAGGUCUACGAAUAUUUGAGUUUUGAAAUGAAACAGAUGGUUUGAAAAGCUGAAUGCUAAAUAUUAUGUGGACACCGGGUCACAAUUAACUAAUAUGUGUUGUGUUUUAUUUACAUUGGGACCUUUCUUGAAAAAAAAUACAAUUUACUGCAAUUAAUGUCCCAAAAGAGAAAAAAAACCACCACCUUAUAAAUAGCAAACAAAAUGGAUCUAAUAGAAAGGUCCCAAAUAAACCUGUCAAAAUGUAGUGUCACGAUUAAUUAAUGAAUAUUAUUUCAUGCAGUCAUUAAUUAAUAAACAAAUUGCAAGGAAGGACUGAAAGGCGCAUAUGUAAUUAUAAUGUACAUUUUAAUGUUGUCACGUUUUUUAUGUCAUCUCCAAAUUUAGGACAUAACAUUUUAGUUCAAUUUGUUGUGGAUUUCAACAUCUUUUGACCAAACAGGUUGAACGGGAAAAACAACAAAGAACAGUUGGAAUGUUAUUUGUUUUCUUCACCUCUUUCUGUGUUGUCAAUGUAUUUGCUUUGGUGCCAAUUCCCCUGGAACCACAAACGCCAUGCUUUACACAUUUUGGAGAGUGUCUUAGAUAUUGCCCAGGAGAGAGAAUUCCAGACUUAGAGGGCAUAGAGAGUUCAUGUAUUACAAACUCUGCAGGUUACCAGUUCUGUAAAUUUUAUCAUUGCCCACCUGCAAAAUGUCGAGGAAAAAAGAAGGAUCUAUACGGGAAAUGCUACUACUGUCCGGGUGAAUGUGUCGAUGGUGGUAGGAAACAUCAUAAUGGAGAAGCUUUUCUCAGUUUUGAUUUGGUUAAUAAUUGUUUUUGUGGACAAGAUAAUUCCAAACACUGCACUAAACAUCCAGUUGACCAGUAUUCCUACUGUAAUCACGCGAGACCUGGUAGUGAUGGCGACCAUAAUACAGUUGUAGUGGUAGAAAAUCCUCGACCACCACCACCACCUGCAAAAAUCGUUGCAUUUGUACCUCCCCCACAGCAGCCGCAAGCCCCAGCGGCAAUGGCUUUUGUACCAGCACCCACACAACCACCAACUCCACGACAAAUGGCCUAUGUACCGCCUCCCUCCCGACCACAAACUCCACCACAAAUGGCAUAUGUACCGGCACCCACCAGACCACAAACUCCACCACAAAUGGCCUAUGUACCGCCUCCCUCCCGACCACAAACUCCACCACAAAUGGCAUAUGUACCGGCACCCACCCGACCACCAACUCCAACACAAAUGGCAUAUGUACCGGCACCCACCGGACCACCAACUCCACCAAAAAUGGCAUAUGUACCGGCACCCACCCGACCACCAACUCCAACACAAAUGGCAUAUGUACCAGCUCCAACACAAUCAUACGUUCCUCCUGGUGUUGCCGUUCUACCAGCGGCUAAUAAUAAGGAAUCGACAGCUUUUAUGCAGCAACCGCCAUCAUAUUCACAACAUCAGCACCCAAAAAUGGUUCCACACCCUAAUUUCUCAGCAAAAAGUCCAAAAUCUAAUUUUCAUCAACGUUCCAACAACAAUCCAAACUUGUACAGAAAUAAUCAGUAUUUCCAAGGUUUUCCAAAUUAUCCACAUUUUCAAAGUUAUCAUCGCAAUCCUUAUUUUGAACAACAGAUGUGGGGAUUUAAUCGUAAUGUAAUCGAUGCGUAACUGUCAGUCAUUCUACCAAGUGCUUUGGCAGAUUAUUCCUGUAAUCAAAAAUAAAAAAAAAAAAAUUUCAUGGAUAUUUUAUUGUUUCUUAUUAUACAGAAAAAUCUUUGAGCAACUUACGUCUGUAUUGUUCAAUUAGUUGAGUUGUCACGCGAUACGACAACAAAAUUAAAAUGAUUUCGAAAUGUA